AUACGUACAGAAUAAACCGUGUUAAGUCAUCAUACUAACUAUCACAUACACAAAAAUAAACAAGUCAAGAAAAUUUCUCUUCUCAUCUAAGAUCUUCGGAGGCAAAACUGAGUUGUAUAUGGCAACCAGAUCAAAGAGUUUUCAGUUGAUCACCGGCUUAAAGAAGCACCUCGUUGACAGCAUCUUCCCACGCGCCACCGCGUCUGCUCCCUUCACUUCAAGCAGGAGUUACUCCUCGGCGUAUGACAAGAACGUGGAGGAUGAAUUGCAGGCAAGUGCAGUUCCGGAUGAUGUCAUAAAGCCAGAGUCUGAGAAAUAUUGGUCUCCUCAUCCUCAAACCGGAGUCUUUGGCCCCUCCACGACUGAGCACAGUCCAUCAGGGGAGGCUGCUCGGCAAGACUCGGCUGUGCUAGAGGAGACUGCUUGGUUUCGUCCCACAAGUCUAGAGGACUCGGACAAGUCUCACCAUGUUUAAGUCUCUCUCUUAUCACCUUCCGUUUGUUGUACUUUCUAAUGUGUAAUGUUGUAAUAAAUCUCGAAGUAAACAAACUGCAUGUGAAGUAUUGUCCUGGAAAACUAAACCAAACCAGAACCAAAUUCGAUUUCUUAGGUUCCGGUAAU